AUGUCCGAGCCUACUGCGACACCCGGUCCCAAGCCAAGUAGCAGUGUUAAGCUGGUUCUCCUUGGAGAGGCUGCUGUUGGAAAGUCCUCCCUCGUCCUUCGAUUCGUGAACAAUGACUUUCAAGAGAAUAAGGAGCCCACUAUCGGUGCUGCGUUCUUGACCCAGAAAUGCUCCCUCCCAACGCGCACAAUCAAGUUUGAGAUCUGGGAUACCGCGGGCCAGGAGCGGUUUGCUUCCCUCGCCCCGAUGUAUUACCGAAACGCACAGGCUGCCCUUGUUGUCUACGAUCUUACCAAACCUUCCUCCCUCACAAAAGCGAAGCAUUGGGUUGCCGAGCUCCAGCGACAAGCAAGCCCGGGUAUCGUCAUUGCAUUGGUCGGUAACAAGCUCGACCUGACGAAUGACGGUAAUGGUGAGGGUGCGGUAUCGGCCACGGACGCAACAGGCGUCGAUGGGUCGCCAGCAGCAGACGCCGAUGGUGGUGAUGAAGGUGAGAAUGAAGGAGAAGAUCAAACCACGGCUGGCGAUGCAAGAAAGAUCUCUACACAGGAAGCCAGCUCAUAUGCAGACGACGAGGGCCUUCUAUUUUUUGAAACCAGCGCAAAGACGGGAGUAAACGUUGCGGAGGUUUUCACUGCCAUCGCCAAUGCCAUUCCGGAAACCAGCCUCAAGAGCUCAAGAGGGGCGGGAGCUGGCGCCGGUGCCGGUCACACUGCUUUGGGAGCUGGAAGACCAGGGGAAGAUACACGAGUCAAUCUCCGAGAUCGCGGGGCAGCUACGGCAAAGGAAGGUUGUGCUUGUUAA